AUGGGUAACGCCUUUGUCUCGUUCUUCACCGCGCCCGACGAGGACUCGUACUUUGAUCCAGACGACACGGGCCCCAUUCCCAUCACCGCCCAGGAGGCGAACCGCUUCGUUUCAUUCUUCACCGCACCCGACGAGUCCUCGUACUUUGAUCCAGAUGAAACAAGCUCCAUCGUUGACUGGACCACCUACCCGCACCUUAUUCGCCGCAUCAUCUCGUUCGCCGACGUCCCCACCCUGCUCGUCCUCCGCAAGACCUCCAAACCCUUCCAACACAUGGCCAACGCCGUCCUGUGCUCGCAUGUCGCCACCCGCCCGGGCCACAACUCGUUCACCCUUCCCUACCGCUUCGGCCGCACCGCCGCCAUCAUCCUCCCCUGGCCUGGCGAGCACGCACGCGACUACGCUGCCCCAACGAGCGCCGAACACCUCCAGACGCGCGACCUCAUGAAGACGCACACGCGUGUCUUGGACAUUUCCUCGCGCACCACGCACCCGCUGUACCUGCCGCACCUGCGCGUCCUGCGGCGUAUUCAGUUCCGUUCGGGCCCCGUGUGGAUGUACGCGCACACGACGGUCGAGCUCGUCGACCUGCGGUUCCCGUUCCCCCCUCAAGUCGACGACACGGGUUACACCAUUGCGGGCAGCGGCGCCGGCUGCGGCAGCUUUGCCAAGCAUGUCUUCACGCUCCGCUUCGACGCGCGCGACGGGCACGUCUGGCCCGGCGCGUUCCCCGUCCAGAGCAUGGCGAUCCACGACCUCGAGACCGUCGUGGUCAUUCUGUACCCGACGACGCACGGCGCCGAGGCCAGCGCGAGGGCCAAGUCAAGGGCCACGACCGCGCGGCUCACCACCGCCGUCUUUGGCCGCUGGCUGCACGCGGCCGUGUGCCGCGGCACGCCCGUGGCUGUCACUGUCGUCGGCGCGGACAUUGCGGCCGCCUGGCUCGGGUUCGAGCCCGAGACCGUCGAGGCGGGCGUGCGCGACUUGCUCAAGGCCACCAACGAGGCGGUCAAGGGGGACAAGAACAGGGUUGAGAGGGGCAAGUAUUUCGUCACGGGGGUCGCGUUCAAGACGCACAAGCAGUAUCGUAGGGAGGUUGGUGCGGAGCAAUAUUCGCUCGAGACGAGCGAGUAG